CAGCUCCACACUUUCUGAGGAUAAGGAGUUGCUUUGUAGAACUCACCACAGCCACUCGCUCACUCACUCCCAACAUUAAGCAACCAAUGCUCUGAGCUCAGAACAACUCACAGAGACAUGAUGAACUUUGUACCAAGAUCUCAAUUCCACCAUUUAGUAGUACGCUCCAACUUCACCAACCCACCAGCAAAACCCCCAUUUCCAAUCUACAUCAAAACCACAUCCCAUCUAAAACCCUCCAUAAACCCCUUCCCAUCUCCAAGGAAGAAAACCCACCUGGGUUCCAAAAAACCUCCGGAGGCCAUGAAAGCACACUUAAAAUCCUCAGACUCAGAAGGGUUUCCUCAGCUUUGUUCAUUUGAGCAUAAACCUGCCAUAAACCCCUCUCUACUUGAACUUCCUAAGGAAAAAGCUCACCCGGGAGCAAUAAAACCCCCAGAAACCAAGAAGAAAGCCCCAAAAUCCUUGGAAUCAGAAGGGUUUCAGUUUCCUCUGGCUUGGGCAUCUGGGUAUACCAGCAGGUAUGUGAUUUGUGGGGCAAUUGCUUGGGGAAUUGCCCUGUUCUUUCUGGGAAUUGAUGAGCAAAGGGCUUUGGCUUUGGGUCCUGACGGGCCACUGGUAGAAGAGUUUUGGGAGAAUGUGAGGAGAUACUUCUUUUAUUUCCUCACGGUCAGUACUGGUGCUAUUUACACUGUUUUGCAGCCAAUAGGGGAGCUGCUGAAGAACCCAAUCACGGCAAUCUUUGCAGUGGCAAUCAUAGGGGUUACUAUCUACGUGCUCUCCCUGGUGCUCUCGGCCAUGUUUGGUGUCUCAGACUUUGUUUAUGAUUAUGGAUAUUAAUUAUUUAUGUUUCUUUGCCUAAUUCUUUUAUAUAUACUCACACACACAUGCACAAAGAUAAUGGACAUUGUGAGUAUUGAUAAUUUAAAUGGAGAAUUUUCAUA